AUGUCGCAAGGGCUCCCCGCCGCCAGCAGCGUCCUGCAGAGGAGCGUCGCGGCGCCCGGGAACCAGGCGCAGCCGCAGAGCCCUGAGGAUGACGACAGGAAGGUCCGAAGGAGGGAAAAAAACCGAGUUGCUGCUCAGAGAAGUCGGAAGAAGCAGACCCAGAAGGCUGACAAACUUCACGAGGAAUAUGAGUGCCUCGAACAAGAAAACACAGUGCUGCGGAGAGAGAUCGGGAAGCUGACGGAGGAGCUGAAGCACCUGAGCGAGGCGCUGAAGGAACACGAGAAGAUGUGCCCACUGCUGCUGUGCCCCAUGAACUUUGUGCCCGUGCCUCGGCCGGACCCCGUGGCUGGCUGCCUGCCCCGGUGAAGCCCAAAGGUGGUCCUCCUCUGCCCAGAGAGGAUCGUUGGUCUUUUUCACAUCUAGGAGGAGGCUUCCCUCCACAUCUGUGUUCCAGGGGACCUGUGUCUAGGUCGCCUCUUUGGAGCUCCAGGCUGUGUCUCCAGCGGCGGAUCCAAGCAGGGAGGCCACUGUCAGGAGUCACCGGGCAUCCACU